AUGAUCCUCGCCGGCCCUGCCGAGCCCAGCGCCUCCCCGCCCACCGGCCACCGCUCCAAAAUGGCGGAACGUUUGAAUUUGGCGCUAAGAGCCUCCAGCGGCGUGGCCCCGCCCCCUCCUCGAAGCCAGCAUGGGCGCGGCCAUUUCGCUCUAACUCCUCCUUCCCUGCUCCGGCUUCUCUCCUGCCAUUGGCUGACAGUGCCUUCGCCUCCUUCACGUGACGGGGAGAGUUACGGGAGGGAGGCGGUGUGUAGCUGUGUCCCACUAGGGCCGCCGUCCUCCGGCGCCCGCUGGGCCCGGAAGCGUGCGGUGGCAGGCGGCAGCGCGGCUGGGUGGCGGGCAGCGGCCAUGAGCAAAAGGAACCAGGUCUCCUACAGAGAGCAGCUUCCACUUGCAGAUGAUGAUAGUGAGAACGGCAGUGACAAUGAAGAUGAGCAGCCUCAAGUGGUAACACUGAAAAAAGGAGACUUGACUGCUGAAGAAGCAAUGAAAAUUAAACAGCAAAUCAAAGAGGCCUUAAAGUCAAAUGAAUCAGAUGGUGAACCAGAACCUGCUGAUGGAAAAAUUAUGUUCAGGAAACCAGCCAAACGUUCAUCAGAGAAGUUUUUGGACUUCAAUGUAAGUUCAAGUAAGAAGAUGAAAGAGGCAAAGAAAACUAAGAGAGAAGCAACUACUCCUCAGAGUACAUCUAAGCAAGUAAAAAAUAGCAGUCUUCUCUCAUUUGAUGAUGAGGAAAAUGAUGAUUAG